CCCUGCUCUGUUUUUUUCCUCUUUAUUCGAGUGAACGUCUGCUGCACGUCACGUCUGUCCAAUGCGCGCGCUCGCCUGUGACAUAAUGGAACGUGCGCGGUUAGAAAAGCAGAAGGAGCCGGAGCGAGCGCACUCUCCCUGAGACUGUGACAGAGGAGGAGCAGAGGAGGAGCAGAGGAGGAGCAGAGAGGACACAGCAGAUAGAGGAGCACUGUCCCUCAGUCUGACAGAGGAGGACACAGAGGAGGACACAGAGGAGGACACAGAGGAGGACGCGGGAGAUCCGGGGAGGAGCAGAUCAGUUUCGGACACACGGGGAUGGGCCGCGCGCUGCGCUGAAGCAGAGACAUGAUGAAGAAGGACAUCACCCUGAGUCUGGCGGAGGACGAGGAGCUGAAGCCUCUGCGCGAGGCCGACAGUCUGCUCAGCUCCCCGGACCUGGGGCUCCUCAAACUGGCCUCUCCGGAGCUGGAGCGCCUCAUCAUCCAGUCCAACGGGAUGGUCACCACGACGCCCACCGCGCCGCAGUUCGUUUAUCCAAAGACGGUCACGGACGAGCAGGAGUUCGCGGAGGGCUUCGUGAAGGCUCUGGAGGACCUCCAUAAACAGAACCAGCUGAGCGGGCCGUCCCAGAGCGCCGGGGGUCUGGAGCUGGGGGUCAACCUCGCCCCGGUGACGGUGCAGCCGGAGCUGCCCGUUUACACCAACCUGAACACGUACGGAGCAGGCGCGGGCCCGCUGGGCACCUCCGUCAACUACACCACCGACACCGUGCCCUUCCCGCCCCCGCCCCCGCAUCACCUGGGCCCCCCGCUGAAGGAGGAGCCGCAGACCGUCCCGGACGUGCAGAGCUUCGGGGACAGUCCCCCUCUGUCCCCCAUCGACAUGGACUCACAGGAGCGCAUCAAGGCCGAGAGGAAGAGACUGCGCAACCGCAUCGCCGCCUCCAAGUGCCGCCGCCGCAAACUGGAGCGCAUCUCCAGACUCGAGGACAAAGUGAAGAGCCUCAAGACCCAGAACACGGACCUGGCGUCCACCGCGUCUGUGCUGCGGGACCAGGUGGAGCAGCUCAAACAGAAGGUCCUCACGCACGUCAACAGCGGCUGUGAGCUGCUGCCGCACGAGGUGCAGGUGCACUGAGACUGAGACUGGACCAGGACCGGGUCUGGACCAGGACCGGGACCAGAUCUGACCCGGAGGACUCUCUGCAUGGAGCCCAGGGCCCUUAAAGGACUUUUCUGCUUUGGGACUUUUCAGAAUCCAGAGUUUACGCAUGACGUCACUGUAUUCACCUCUGACCUCUGGACCAGACCACGUGACCCCAUGGAAGUAUCAUUACAGCUCCAUGAGUGACCCCUGGAGUGACCCCUGGAGUGUCAGUGAGCUAUGCCCGGGGCAGAGCUCAGGCCCGGGGAGGGUCCGUGCUGACCCAGGUCUAAAAACAAACUGUUACUUUGUUUAUUUGUUUCUUUGUUUAUUUGUUUACUCGUUUGUGGUGAUGUUUACAGACGCUGCAGUUUAACAGGCUCCUGUGGGACAGGCCUGGCCUCUGUGUGUCUUUGUUCUAAACUCUGUGUGGCCUGCAUGCUGCUCACAAACUGAAGAUGGCGCUGUUCUGCCGUGACAUAGGCUGUCUGUAGAGGCUGUGGUCAGUGCUGUGGUCAGUGCUGUGGUCAGUGCUGUGGUCAGUGCUGUGGUCAGUGCUGUGGUCAGUGGGCGGUGGACUGUGUUGCACUGAUAAUUCUGUCUCUGGACUCAAAGAUCCGCUGUCAAAAUAAACGCUGCUCUACAUGAA